GCUCCCAUUGGUUGAUACGACUCUAGUAAAACUGAGUCAGUCACUUUUUUCGCGGUCGACCGGCUUGAGCGACACAUCAAUCAACAGGGAGUAGACGGGUUAAGGGUUACUUUUAAAUAAGAAGAUCUAGAUCCCAAACCCUACUUAAAAUGGCAGAGAAACCAAUUUGGGAACAAAUAGGAGCUGGCUUCGUACAGCACUACUACCAACAGUUUGAUAGCAACAGAGUGCUUUUGGCAGAUCUCUACACGGAGGCAUCCUGUUUAACAUGGGAAGGACUGGGGUUUCAAGGCAAGAAUGCCAUUAUGGAAAAAUUGACUAACCUGCCAUUCCAAAAAAUCCAACACAGUAUCACAGCACAAGAUCACCAGCCAACCCCAGACAGUUGUGUUAUUAGCAUGGUGGUGGGGCAGCUUAAGGUGGACGACGAUCCCGUGAUGGGAUUUCACCAACUAUUUCUUUUGAAAAAUAUUGACAACAAAUGGAUAUGCAGUAAUGAUAUGUUUAGAUUGGCCUUGCAUAACUUUGGCUAAACUAGUGGUUCCCAGCUCGAGUCCUCCUAACAGUACAGAUUUAAAACCGUGUUAGCACUUAGACUAUUUUGUAGAGUGUGGUAAUUAUUCUUUGUCAGUCAUAGUUCAAUACACAUGGGUAUUUUUAGAGCUAGGUUUAAACAAAAACUUGGGACAGCUUGAAUAUUAAAGAUCAAAAUUCCUAUUGAUCUAAAAUGACAUUUGUGUUUUUGGUACAUUUGGCAGGGGUGGUGGUGGUAAACAAAAUAAAGUCAUUUGGAAUAAAUGUUGGCACUA